UAUACAUGUAUUCCAUACGUGCACUCCUGGACUCCUGGACUCUUUGGUGUUUAGCAAUCACCUUGUUGGAGGGUCCAGAUUCCUCGCAGCCUUCUUCGCCUCAGCCGCACAGCAUCCUUGAUCCCUUCGCCUCGCCAUCGUCGACCAUCCAUGCAUCCUCCCCCACAUCUUGGCGCUUGCACUGACGCUCGACGCCGGCAGCGCCACGGAGCGCGGAGACGCCGAGACGCGCCGGUCCAGCAGUGGAGUCACUUGCGACACUCGCGCCGGCGACAUGCGAUGCACACGGUGUGGAGGCGGUGUGUGGACACCUCGCGCUGAAGAAACAUGCGAUGCCGAUGCUCUGGUUUCAGAAAGGAGGACGUGGUUGCUGGAGCUGUGCCAAGGUGUGAAUGAAAGAAAUCUCAGAGCAGUUUUAUUGCCAGAAUUGGUUCGGUCAAAGGAGAUCCUUCAGCAAGUCUUGUUGAACUUUUGCCAGCAAACGAAGGGGUACAAGCUGGUCAUUGCCACCAUAGAGAUUAUCAGACAAGAUGGCACCUUUGAACUAAACUUCUACAAUUACAAUGUUGGCAUUUCAGCGUAUGCGAAGGCAAAGCAAUGGCAGCAGGCAUUGCAGUUGUUAGUCGCAAUGCCAGCGGCAAAAGUGCAGCCAACUGUCAUCAGCUACAGUGCAGCCAUCAGUGCCUGCGAAAAGGGGGGUCAGUGGCAGCAGGCAUUGAAGUUGUUGGUGGCAAUGCCAGCGGCAAAAGUGCAGCCAAAUGUUUUCAGUUAUAGUGGAGCUGUCAGUGCGUGCGAGAAGGGCGGCCAGUGGCAACAGGCAUUGCAGUUGUUUGAGGCCAUGAUGGAGGCCAAAGUGCAGCCAAAUGUCAUCAGCUACAGUGCCGCAAUCAGUGCCUGUGAAAAAGGUGGCCAGUGGCAGCAGGCAUUAAAGUUGUUAGCGGUGAUGCCAGGGGCAAAAGUGCAGCCAAAUGUCAUCAGCUACAGUGCAGCCAUCAGUGCUUGCGAGAAGAGCGGCCAGUGGCAGCAAGCCUUGAAGUUGAUUGAGGCCAUGCUGGAGGCCAAAGUGCAGGUAAAUGCUUUUAGUUGCAGUGCCGCCAUCAGUUCCUGUGAGAAGGGCGGCCAGUGGCGGCAGGCAUUGGACUUGUUUGAAGCCAUGCUUGGGGCAAUAGUUCGGCCCGAUGUCAUCAAUUACAGUGCCGCCAUCAGUGCUUGUGAGAAGGGCGGGCAAUGGCAGCAAGCCUUGAAGUUGUUUGAGGCCAUGUCCAACGAGAACGUUCAACCAAAUGUCGUCAGCUUCAACGCCGCCAUGAGCGCUUGUGAGAAGGGCGGGCACUUUCAGCAAGCAUUGAAGCUGUUCAAGGUCAUGCUCGAGGAGAACGUUCAGCCCGACAUCAUUAGCUACAGUGCGGCCAUCAGUGCCUGUGAGAGAGUCGGGAAGUGGCAACAGGCAUUGAAGUUGCUGGAAGCUAUGCCCAAGGCGAAAGUUCAACCAGAUGUAAUUUUCUUCAGUGCGGCCAUCAGUGCUUGUGAGAAAGGCAGGCAAUGGCUGCGAGCCCUGAAGCUCUUUGAGGAGCUGCAGCUUCAAACAUUGACACCAAUCUCUCUAUAGGGCUGGCCAGCACGACCAAGCUUAGCCCUUUUCCCCAUCGAAGUCGUUCCUCCCCAGCGAUGAUUCUGGACCGAACGCAGUGAAGCGCCGUCGCGUUGUUUCAACGCGAUGAAGCGCCCCGGGGCUACUGCAACGCAGUGAAGCGCCGAUACUCCCGUUCACGGUCAGAGGACUGGUGCAACCUGAGCCCAUUGGACUUUGGGCCCUAAACACUGGACGCUCAUGUUCUGGGUGGUGGCUUC